AUGGCAACGUUGCACAUUUUCUUCCUUAUUGCGACUACGAUCCUCUUCGCCCUCCUCUUACUCCUCCGUUUCCGCCGUGUUCAGGGCGACGGCAGGCGCCUCCCGCCGGGCCCGCCGUCCCUGCUCUUGCUCUUCAUCGCGGCGUGGCUAGGGCUCACCAGCUCGCCGGCCGAGGCGGAGCCCCUGCUCCAACGCCUUGUCAGGCGGUACGGCCCCAUCGUGUCGUUGCGAGUGGGGUCGCGGCUGGCCAUCUUCGUCGCCGACCGACGCCUCGCACACACCGUUCUCGUCCAGCGCGGGGCGGCCCUGGCCGACCGCCCCAGCUUCGCGUCGGCCAGGAUCCUCGGCGCGGACGACAAUUACUCCGUCACCCGCGCCGGCUACGGGCCGGUGUGGCGCCUCCUGCGCCGCAACCUCGUCGCCGGGACGCUGCACCCGUCGCGCGGCCGCCGGUUCACGCACGCACGCUUCUGGGCGCGCCACGUGCUCGUCGAUAAGCUGCGGCGCCUGGCCGACGACGGUGAGGCGCCUGCCCCGGUCACGCCCACGUUCCAGUACGCCGUGUUCUACCUGCUUCUGAUCAUGUGCUUCGGCGAGAGGCUUGACGAGAAGGUGGUGCGCGCCAUCGCCGCCGCGCAGCACGAGCAGGUGCGAUACAUGUUCAGCAAGAUGUCCGUCUUCGCCUUCCUCCCGUCGGUCGCCGAGCACCUCUUCCGCGGACGCGUCCGGAAAAUGCUCUCCCUGCGCCGGCGGCAGAAGGAGUUGUUCCUACCGCUGAUCAACGCGCGUAGGGAGUACAAGGACAAGAAACGCGGCGGCGAGCGCGAGCCGAGGCGGAGCAAAUCGGAGACCACGUUGGAGCACUCGUACGUGGACACGCUGUUCGACGUCAGGCUCCCCGAGGAGGGCAACCGCCCACUCACCGACGACGAGAUGGUCAACCUCUGCUCGGAGUUCCUCACCGCCGGGGCUGACACCACCUCCACCGCACUGCACUGGAUCAUGGCCGAGCUGGUGAAAAACCAGGCCAUCCAGGAGAGGCUCUACAAGGAGAUCAAAGCCAAGACAAAAGACGGCCAUGAAGAGGUAUCCGAGGAAGACAUUCAGAGCAUGCCUUACCUCAAGGCGGUGGUUCUUGAGGGCUUGCGGAAGCACCCGCCCGUGCACUUCGUGCUGCCGCACAUGGCAGCGGAGGACGUGGAGGUCGGCGGGUACCUCGUCCCCAAGGGUGCCACGGUGAACUUCAUGGUCGCCGAGAUGGGGAGGGACGAACGGGAGUGGGAGAAGCCCAUGGAGUUCAUUCCAGAGCGGUUCUCAGGCGGCCGAGGGGUGGACGUGACAGGAGGCAGCACGGGGAUCAGAAUGAUGCCGUUCGGCGUCGGGCGGAGGAUCUGCGCCGGUCUGAACAUUGCCGUGCUUCACCUGCUCUACUUUGUGGCCAACAUGGUGAGAGAAUUCGAGUGGAAGGAAGCGGCCGGCCACGAGAUCGACUUGGCGGAGAAACUCGAGUUCAUGGUCGUCAUGAAGAAGCAGCUGCGCCCACGCCUUGUGCCCCGAAAACCCAACAUGCAAACUGAAGGACACAUGUAAAAAAAAAUUGAGCAACCAGCCACCUCGUUGGUUUUCAUUAA